CGUGAAAACGUAAUUAUUGCAAUGUAUGGUGAUCUUGUGAUGACUCUUUUAAAUGUAAAGGACUAGUGAACGGUGUUCCCUAUAAGUGAAAAUGUUUACGGUGAAGAGAAAAAGCAAACACAUCGCGUCUUUGAAGAGGAAAUGUUCUAUCAAGACUAGCAAUGACGAGCCCCCCGAGAUCACCUACUGCGUGGUGGGUGAAGGCGGCGGCGGGCUGGCGCUGCAGGCAGUCACCCCCACACACCCCAUGCCGCCGCAGGAUGAGCUGGACGCCAAGUUCGCCGAGCUGGUGGAAGAGUUGGACCUGACAGCGGUGAACAAGGCGGCCAUGAUGGAGCUGCCGGCGGCGAAGAAGUGGCAGAUCUACUGCAGCAGGCGGCCGCCGCCGGGCCAGCCGCCGCCGCUCGCCACCGCGCCGCAGGUCGAGGACUACAUCAAGGCUCUCAACGAGAUCGCUGAUGCGUUCGCAUCAUCAGAAGACGACAGCGCAGUUCCCACAGACGCGUGCGCACUCGUGGACGGACUGAAGACUGCGCUGCGUACGCGCGCGCACAGUUUCGUCAUACGCUUCAUCAAGCAAGGCGGGCUCGCGGCCUUGCUCGAAGCGCUGCAGCGGGCGCCUCGGGACGACGCCGCCACGAGACACAACCUCAUCGCGGGCAUCAAGGCGUUGAUGAACAAUUCUACGGGUCGCGCUCAUGUCCUGGCUCAUCCCACUAGUAUCGAUCUGAUAGCUCAAUCAAUGGACACAGAGAAUGUAAAAACCAAAGUGGCUGCGUUGGAAAUCCUCGGCGCCGUGUGUUUAGUACCUGGAGGACAUAAAAAGGUGCUAGAAGCCAUGGUCCAUUACCAGAAGUACGCGGGCGAGCGCGCCCGGUUCCAGGGCAUCGUCAACGAGCUGGACCGCAGCACGGGCGCGUACCGCGACGAACUGGGGCUCAAGACCGCCAUCAUGUCCUUCGUGAACGCCGUGCUGAACUACGGGCCAGGGGAAGACAGCCUGGAGUUCCGGCUGCAUCUGCGGUACGAGCUGUUGAUGUUGGGGAUACAGCCUGUAAUCGAAAAACUACGAAAGUAUGAGAACGAGACGCUCGACCGCCACAUUGAGUUCUUCGAGAUGGUGCGAAACGAAGAUGAGCGGGAGUUGGCGCGAAGGUUCGACAAGCAGCACGUGGACACGAAGAGCGCGGCCGCCAUGUUCGAGCUGCUGCGGCGCAAGCUGAGCCACACCGCCGCCUACCCACAUCUGUUGUCUAUGCUGCAGCACCUUCUGCUGCUGCAGUUGGAAUACAACCCGCACGCGCAACACUGGCUGCUGCUGGACAGGGUGGUGCAGCAGGUGGUGCUGCAGCAGCCGUCGGCCGGCAGCCGCGCCAACAGCGACCGCGACAGCACCACCGACACCUGCUCCGAUCACAUCAAAGUAUACGACCCCGAUGUCGCCCCCUUAGAGAUCAACGUAGGAGAAAUAGUCCACUUACUGGCCAAGGAAGAGGAGCUCGUCGCCGCCAGGUCGAAGGCGGAGAAUUUGGAGAGAGAAAAUGUUGACUUAGCCACUGAACUGGCCAAAAAGGAGAAGCAAGUGGACCAAAGCACGCAGGAGAAGGAGGAGUUGGAGGGAGUUCUCUCUCGGCUGAAGGAGCGGCUGGAGAGGGAGACGGCCGCGCACAUGGAGUGCACGGAGAGAGCGCGCGCCUCUGCGUGCAGAGCGCAUCAGCUCGAGCAGCAGCUGAAUCAAGAGCGAUCUGAACGUGCGAGGUUUGAAAAGCUAGUCAGCGAAGGGAGCAUACCAGAUGAUGCAAAGGUCAGCAAUCUAAAGAGCGCAGUGAUAGAAACGUGCAGCGUCCCACCACCGCCUCCCCCGCCAUCCCUGUUCCCCCCUCCUCCCGCCGCACCCCUACCCCCACCCGCGCCCUUCGCUCCCCCCGCACCUCUCGGCCCCGCGCCGCCCAGACCCAAGAAGAACGUCCCGACCCCUGGGAAUCCUUUGAAGAGCUUCAACUGGAGCAAACUCCCUGACACGAAACUCCACGGAACCAUUUGGCAAGAGUUGGACGACACCAAGUUGUACAACGCGAUGGAUUUGCACGCGAUCGACAAAAUGUUCUGCGCUUAUCAGAAGAAUGGUGUACAGAACGAAGGCUCUGUAGAAGAUUUACGGCAACUUGGAUCCAAACCACGCACGAAAAUUUUGUCGGUGAUCGACGGACGACGCGCUCAGAACUGCACCAUACUUUUAUCCAAACUCAAAAUGUCUGAUGAGGAAAUUUGUCGAGCGAUCCUCCGCAUGGACAGCGGCGAGCAGCUCCCGCUGGACAUGGUGGAGCAGCUGCUGAAGUUCACGCCUAGCGCGGAGGAGGCGGCGCUACUGGAGGAGCACCAGGACGAGCUCGACAGCAUGGCGCGCGCCGACCGCUUCCUGUACGAGAUCUCCAAGAUUCCCCACUACUCGCAGCGCGUGCGCACGCUGCUGUUCAAGAAGAAGUUCUCGGGCGCGGUGGCGGAGGCGAGCAGCCGCGCGUCCGUGGUGCUGCGCGCCGCGCGCGACAUGACGCGCUCGCGCCGCCUGCGCGCGCUGCUCGAGAUCGUGCUGGCGCUGGGCAACUACAUGAACCGCGGUGCGCGCGGCAACGCGUCUGGCUUUAGGCUGACGUCUCUUAAUAAGCUGGCCGACACCAAGUCCAGCGUCACUCGCAACACCACGCUGCUGCACUACCUCGUCGAGCUGCUGGAGACGCAGUUCAAGGACGUGCUGCUGCUGGAGGAAGACCUGCCGCACGUGCGCGCCGCCGCCAAAGUGUGCGCGGAACAGCUGGAGCGAGACGUGGGUGCUUUACGUGCUGGUCUGCGCGAAGUUGCGCGCGAGCUGGACUACCACGCCUCCGCCUCCGCGUCCGCGUCCGCGCCCGGCGAUGCUUUCGUACCCGUUAUGAGGGAGUUCCACGCGCACGCGGUUUGCUCAUUCACGCAGCUGGAGGAUUUGUUCCAGGACAUGAAGAGUCGACUGGAAGCGUGCGCGCACGCAUUCGGCGAGGAGCCAAGCGCGUCGCCGGAGCAACUGUUCGGCGCUCUGGAUUCGUUCCUCACGCAGCUGGCCGAGGCGCGCGCCGAGUGCGACGCGGCAAGGCGGCGGCGCGACGAGGAGGAGAGGCGAACGCGCCACGAGCAGGAGCUCAAGAAGCGAACGAUGGAGAGAAAGCAGGGCUCCAGCCAUCUUGGCUCUGUUGGCAAAUCUCUCGGCAAGUCCAACGGUUCCUCCGACUGCAACGGUCACAGUACGGGCGACAAUUCAAGAGAUGGAACUCUUACAAACGGACAGAAAGGAGAGUUCGACGACCUCAUCUCAGCAUUGAGGACUGGAGACGUUUUCGGGGAUGACGUGGCCAAGUUCAAGAGGUCGAGGAAAACCACCAAGGGCCACAAAGGGAGGGAUUCCCCACCUCGGGGAGUCUGCAGAGAAGAUUCCAGAGAACGAUCGAAGAAUUGAGGUAAUUCGGAAAUGAUUUUGGGAGUUUCGAAUACCUUGUUGGUGACGUGAUCGGAUGAACUUUCUCGAAGUGAUAUUUACCAGUGUUGAAUGUAGUCGUUUGUAGAUAUUGUACGGGAACGAGUCAAAUAAUAGUUAUUGACGAUUAUAUAGACGAAUGGGUUUAAUAGGAAUAAUUACGCCAAGUAUUCGAUACUUUAUAAGAUUAUUGGUCAUCCAUUAAUGUUAUUUCUAUUUUCAAUUAUUUAAUUUUGAGUAUUUUCUAGUGAAAGAUAAUUAUGCGCUGUCUUAUUACAACUGAAGGUCAUCGAAUAACCUUGUAAAUAUAUUGAAUAUUUGGCCGUAUAUUGUGACGUAACAAAUAUUAUUAUAUAUUUAUAUAUAGGUAAAUAAUUAUAUUACAGUCAAAUGUACUAUUUGACAUGGAAAAUAAGAAAAAUUACAAUUUUAUAAUAAUUCGGUUGUGCCUAAUUUUGUAAUGUCUGCUAUUUUUGUUCUUCAAAAAACUGUUUGUGAAGACGCGACUGCAAAGUCAAAGACUGUGUAUCAUAAUGUGCUUUGUAUUCUUAUUUACGUAGAAUUAUUCGAAAUAAAUGUAGCGACGAUAUGUUUGAAUUAAAUUCUUUUAUAUACAACAUUUUCAAUAGAAUUUUCGAACAAAACAUGACCAAACAUUUCUUAAAUUUUGAACAAUAUAUUCAAAAUCACCAAAUCCAUCAUCUAUAACAAAACAAAUCCAUGCAUAAAUUGUGCAAAAAUAUUUAACAUACCAUAUUUAUGUUGCCCUGUGCCAUUCCAUUAGUUCAGCUUUAAGCCUUUUGAGCUAAUUUCACAAGUUGUGACAAAUAAAAUGCUGUUGUACCUCUCCAAAAAUACUUGUCACAAAGACUUCUUUUUUGACCAAAAUACGAGUAUGAUGUUUCUGGGUAAGACUUGUCACAAACACUCCUUUUUAUAGCCAAAAUAUGAUGUUUCUGAGUAUCCCGAAACAUUUAAAAAUAGAAAACACGUUAUACGGGAGUUUUUCACUAAAACAUUUCUCGGUGGCCCUUAGUGCAUUUUGGUAGCCUCCGAGACUUCGAACUGCUUUUAUUGCACGACGCCUAAUCAAUCUUAUAGGCCGUACAAGACUACUUUUCUUUUUUAAUUUUUUAAGGUAAAUCCAAAUUUGUUCUUGAUCGACUAAAAUACUAAAAUAGUCCGAACUAGGUCUUAGAGUUAAAACAACUUGUUGACCCCGUUUAAGGAUGUAAAGAGAUGUAAAAGUAGGUAAUGGGUAAAGACAUACAGGUUGAUGCUCAUAACGUUAUUAAGGCCUAGAAAGACUUGGUCACAGUUAAAAUAUCGCCUUCCGUACCAACGCAACGAAAGAGCAAUAAUUUCAAUAUCCCGAAUUUGGUCAACAUAUUUAUCUUUCUUAUAUCUCGAGAUAUUUUGUCAUGGUGUGUCAUUACCGAGCAUACUUUUGACCCGACCAGAGAGUUUCUACCUUUGAGUUCCAUAGCUUAAAUACAAAGUCACAAACUUCAAUUUUAUCUGAACUUAUUGCAAAGUUAUAGUUGGGGAGCCGAAGAGGGUUACAGUUACUCGAGCGCGGCAGAUAAACAUAAGGGACUAUUCCUUGCACGUUGUUGAGUACCUCCACCAGCUGUUAAUGUUAGUGGGUACGUUUAAGGCAACCAAAAAUAAAAACUAACUUCAGAAAUACUCAACCAGCACGUCAGAUUAAGAUAAGGUGAGUUGAUAGUUAAAAACUGCACAUUUCGAAAAUCUUACGAUUUGAGCGUAACGUAAUGGGAGGGUUUCAAAGUUACAAAAUAAAACCCUUAUAUUUUAGUUCUCGAGUUACGAGCGCGAUUAAUUUUUUAAUUAUUUUGAAGGAAAUAAUCUCCUAAUUAAUCGCUAAAAUUUUCUGCCAAUUUCAGUAAUAAAAAUUGCUCUUAAAGUCUGUAGUUUUUUUUCCACCGCUAAAUGCGAAAAAAGUAAAUAACCAUUUUAUUCUUCCUAUGUACCAAAUGUAAUCAGUCCCCAUGGCGCUCGAGUAACUGCAAAUGUAGAAAUCCGGGCUUCCCUACUUAUUAGUAAAAGAAAUGAAUAUAUAGCUGACAUUAUGUUGAGUCCCAAGAUGAUUGUAUAAACUUAUUUGAGCACGUGUAAAAUUUUACAUAUCGCACUUAAAAUUGAACCAAUAUACUAAUUAUAUUAUUAUCCUAAAUAUACAUUGGUUAUUAUACGGUUUUGUAUUACAAUUAAGUCAGUAUUUAACCGCAAAACUACGAAAGCAAGCAACGCGUUGUGUGAACAAUUUAGUUUAAUUAUUAUUUAUUUGAAAGCUCAAGUAAUUAUUCUUUAUCGAGUCAAUAAAAUAUGUGUUGGCGUUCUUAUAUUAUUUUUAUUUGAAUAUACUCAGAGGCACAAUUAUCCGCCCACUUUAUUAUACUAGCUUCAUAUUAAAGUGGGCGGAUAACUGUGCCUCUGAGUAUAUAUGGAAACACUCUAACGAUUAGAGCUUCCGUGUUCGACGCCAUAGAUUUUGAGGGUAGUCAUGUUUUUUUAUUUGUCUACUGUAUUUUGUUCUGUAUGCUUUAGUGUUAGCAGCUAGGACGUACUGCGAUUACUAGGUAGCGGUUUUUAGCGGUUUUUGCCGUAGAAUUUCGCAAUUCAAAUAAAUAGGAACAAACGAACGUACUGCAUAUAUUUGUCACUGAUUGAAUCUUAACACAUUAAGAUUGUAUUGUAUUGUAUUGUAUUAUGACGUAUUAACUAUAUGGUUUCGGCCUCGGCUAGUUACCACCUACCACCAGACGUACUCGUACCAAGAAACUGAAAUGGGUGUGGAUUUUCAUCCUCCUCCUAACAAGUUAGCCCGCUUCCAUUUUAGAUUGCAUCAUCACUUACCAUCAGGAGAUAUUGUAGUCAAGGGCUAACUUGCAUAAAAAGAUUCCGAAGAAUUGAUAACCUCCUCCCUUUUUUGAAGUCUGUUAAAAACAAAAAACAAACAUGUUUUAUAUCCUAUCGUAAAAAAAAGUGAAAUAUUGCAGUGCGUUCCAAGAUAGACAUGUAAAUGUGAAUAAUCGCUACAAGAUGUUGGAAUUGUCAUAAUAUCUCGCAACUUGACCAUAGAUUAGGAAUUGAUCGUAUCUAUGCCUAAAUUUUAAAAUAUGUACGGCGUAAGUUUUGGACUUUUUGUAACAUGUAUUUAUUGUACCUACUACACCAUAUUUGGGGGGUUUUCGAUAAAUUUACAUUUUGUAAUUUUACAUACUUUCUUGUAGUUCGAUCUGAUUUUUAAAAAUUUGUAUUUAUGUGAUUUUUUUUUUGUAUUUAGAGGGUAGUUUUGGGGUUCACGUGCUGAGAGUUCAAAGUGUAUAAAGUUCUCAAUUUUAAAAAUUAUUGUGUGAUUGUGUGUGAACCCCAAAAAAAUACUUUCACAACUAAUUAUUUAAUGUAUGAAUUCCGAGUUUGAAUAUAAUAUAUUGUCCUUAGUUUCCUGUAAAUAUUAAUUUUAAUUUAAUUACUUAAAUGUUGCAAUCUGUUACCGUGAUGAGAUGGAUUUUUUUAAUAAUUAAUUUAUUUAAUUGCUACCUAUAGAAGUUUGUCAUAUUGUGUAAAUUUUAUUAUUUUGUUCAGGAUUACUUAAGCGCAUAUAGUAUAUUAUAUUAUAAACCUUGAAUAGAAAAUAUUUAAAUAAAAACUUUGAAAU